AUGGUAAGAAUGUUCACAGGGAAAUACAAUAAUAAUGAUAAUAUGUCGGAGAAUAACACCACUAUGUCUAGUGGUUUAUGGAAAUGGACAGCAGAUUCAGUUUUUAGACUGAUAUCACCUUCUCAAAAAUAUAAGGAGAGUAAUAAUAAUACUAAUAAUAAUGUUAAAAACAGUAUCAAUAAUAAUAAUAGUAAUGUUAUUAAUGAUUCUACAACAAUGACUGAUAAGAUAAACAUAGAAGAAACAACUGGUAGAAAUAGAUCGAUAUCAUUAGAUGGAUUGGAUCCUUCCUUUUAUAAAAAAUAUGAACUUUUAUAUAAUGAUGAUGCUACUACUACUAAUUAUAAUAAUAUCAAUAAUAGUAAUAGCAACAAUACCAGUAGUAAAUUCCCAUAUUUCUCUUCUAAUGGUGGAUUGAUGUCUCCAGUCAAAUUACGAAAUGACAAAGAUUUACCAACAGAUACUUUCCUUAAUAAAAAAUAUUCUUUACCAAGUAAUUAUAAUAAUCGAAAUAAUAAGAAUAAUAAUAAUAAUGAUAAUGAUAAGUUAAAUGAUACUGAUACAUCAUUACUAAAUAAAUUAUUUAAUAAAGAAAUGAGAAAAAUCAAUAAUUUAAAUUUAAAUAAUAUUGAAAGUAAUAAUUUGACUAAAAAUGGCACGAUACCUAUCCCCGGAAAAUUUCCUAAAAAUAAGCAAAAAUUAAAGGUAAAUAGUAUCAAUACAACUAGUAGUAACGAUAAUUGUAAACCUAAUUCUAAUUUUAAUUCUAAUGAUAAUGAUAAUGAUUCUAAUAAUAAUAACAAUAAAUAUGGGUUAGAUUAUUCUAGUAUGAAUGAAUUGUCUAACGAAUUGGAGAUUAAUAAAAAACUUUUAAUACAAAUUAACGAAUAUGUAAAUGAUUUAUUGGAAGAGAAUUCAAAAAUUAAAGUAGAUUAUAAUCAAAUUAAAUUGGAGUUGAUCCACGAAAUGAAACAAUGUAAAAUAAUAGUAGAUAAAUAUCUAUUAUUGAAUGAUAAGUAUAAAGAAUUGAAAAUAAUGUCAAAUGAUAUCUUUAAAAUUAAUAAUGAUUUAACUAAUAUAAAUAAAGAUCAAGAAAUCCAGAUUAGAGAUAAACAACAAAGAAUUAAUCAAUUAGAGAUACAGAUUAAUAAAAUGAAUAUAAGAUUAGAUGAAAAAAUUAUUCAAAUUGAUGAAUUGAGAAACGAGGUGGCAUUAUUGAGAGACCAAAUGAACGAUGAAAGAGAUUAUUACCAUUUAGAGAUAUCGAAACUUCAAAACUCUUUAAAUAUGAUAGAUUCGAGGAAUGUUAUCAACCAAAAUCCAACUUAUAUUUAA